ACGAGGGCAGUUCUCUCCGAGGCGCGAAGGAGACUAGUCGUUGCGUGAGUGCGCUGCUGAAUCAGGUGUCGUCAGGAAGGAAGAGGGAGGAUUGCCUGUCCUACUACAGGAAGGACUCGUUAUUCUUUUGGGACCUCCUGAGAAGCGUGACCUGUCCUGAAGGAGAAGGGCUGUCUCCUGAAGGGAAGGAGCUUAUCCUCAAGGGAAAAAGUUAAGUUUCUCGAAGGAGGUGGUUAGCUACCCUGAGGUAUCAGGUGGUUUUAAGGAAUUCCUUCAGGAGUUGAGUACAACCCUGAAGGUGUUGGAUAGUAUAUAUCCUGAAGGGAAAGAUAGUAGUAUCCUGAAGAAGGUGGUUCGCUUAUCCUGAAGUACCGGGUGGUUUCAAGGUAUCCUUCUUCGGGUGUUGAGUGCCCCAGAGGAAGGCGUCGGCGCUCCUGAGGGAGGAACUUGAGAAGUGAGGAAAAUCAAACCUGAAGAAGGACCUCCCCGGAAGUGGCAAGAACACCCGAAAAAAAAAAAAGAGCCACUGAGCCACCCUGAAGGAACGCACACGACUUCAGAGGAACUAACAACUCUCCUGCAGAAGGCACCGAAGGCAAGCAUCGAGCGACAAUCAAAAAAAGUGUAAAAAAAAAAAGAGGAUAUUUUAAAAAAAAUAAACCCGAAAAAAGAAGAAAAGUGCUACCGACCGUGAGGCGACAUCGUGCUGAAAUUGGGUGACCAUGAGACUCAUCAUGGCGAUCCUCAUCCUGAUGGUGGCGUGGACGAUGAUGAUGAUGAUGACGGCGAUGGUGGGCGUGAGGGCUGACCCAACCUGCGCCAGGCCGGAGAAGCUGACGCCCUCCAAGAGGAACGUCUGCAACGGACAAAAGCUGCUGAGGAAAACCAUGCAGGGAAAGUACGUCGCGAUCCAGAAGAUCCUGAAGCAGCCCAACACAGCGUAUCUCGUCACGUUCACCGACUCCACGGUCUGGAAACGAGGUUACACCGCCCUGCUGUUCGCCGCCGAGAAGAACAACUGCUUCAAGUGCUUCAAGAUGCUGCUGGACGCCGGCUCGGUCAUCAACCACAAGAGCGACGCCCAAAUAACGGCACUGUACUUAUUCGCCGAGAACGGAAAUGAGAAGGCCAUAGACAUCCUGCUGGAGAAAGGAGCUAACCCAAACAUCAGGACACGAAAAGGCUACACUCCUCUGCUCAUAGCGACGUGGAACAGAUACCACAGCAUUGUGAAGAAGCUGUUGACCCACAAGGCGAACCCAAAUGUCUUCACGCCCAGCACAAGAUAUUCCCCGCUGUACCUGGCUGCAAAGUACGGAGACCUGGAAAUCGUCAGGUGGCUGCUGGAUUACAAGGCGAACUUCAACGUCCAAACGUCUUGGGGCGUGACACCUGCCCACGUUGCCACCUGCUGGGGCCACAAGGAAGUAGUAAUGACGCUGCUGGAGGCUGGAGCCAACCCAAACAUUAAGGAAAAGGAUGGCUACACUGUUCUGCACAAGGCUGCUUACUAUGGCUAUGAGGACAUCCUUGAGGAACUGAUCAAGGCUGGAGCCGACGUCAAUUCUCGGGAUAAAUCUGGAUCUUCGCCACUCAUCCACGCAGCCUCCAUGGGGAGAGAGAACCUGAUCAUCAAACUUGUAGCAGCGAAAGCCAACCCAGAUUUUCAGGAUGAAGCUGGCAAGACAGCACUCCACUGUGCAGUAGAAGAAGGACACUUCAAUGCAACGAGGGAAAUCAUGAAAGCUUGCCCUAACCUGCAACUCAGAGACAGAUUCGGACUCACUGCAAUGGAUAUAGCUAGUGAAAGAAAUCAAGAAGACAUCAUAGAACUUAUAAAAGCUGAAGAGUUCCAGAUACUGUGUGCAGAGCCGGAGACGUCCACCCCAUUCAUCAAGCCAAACUACGACUGCCCAAACUCGGCCUCAACGGGUACGGGCACGUGCCCACCCAACGAGAUCACACCACUCACCACUACCCCUCCCCCUACUUCCACCACAACUACCACAACUACUACUACAUCUACUACUACCUCUACAACCACAACGACAACACCCAAACCAACGCCUGCACCCACCACCACUACGACUACUACCACAACAACCCCAGCACCAACAACCACCCCAAAACCAAAGAGUACAACGUUGCCACCGGCCAUCAUCACCCUCGAAACGAGGACGACAACCCUGCCACCCGCAAUCGUCACCCUCGCACCCCCGACCUCGACGGAGGAACCGAGGGAGGUCGAGACGACGACCGUCACCGUGCCCGUUCUCGUCACUCCACCCAACAGGGGGAGAGUCCCGAAACCCAGACCCAGACCCAGGCCCAAGCCGACCGUGCCUUCGACUCCAAUCAAACCCGUGCUCGUUGCGCCCCCAACCACAACCACCACCACCACUCCGGAACCGACCACAACGCCCACGCCCCCAACCACGACGCAAGUGCCCACGACCACACAGAGCACGCUCAGCAACUUCCUGCAGCCGGGUCUGACGAGCAUUCUGACCCUGCUGGACAAGACCAGGAAGACGUCCCUCGCACCGACAAUCCCCAACAACAUCACGCAGAACGUGUUGGACGACCCAGACAAAUCCCAAGUUGUGGACAGCUUCUUCAGCCUCUUCAAGAAGGUGUUCCUGCCUGCGUGAGAAAGCACCGCGCAAUCCACGUGCUUUCCAAUUCCUUCCAUUCUGGGGCCAAAGUGUAGCAAUGAUCUUCUAGAUGGUAACAAGAUAGACAUUUGCUUUAGUGACUAGAAUUUUUCUUCCAGUUUAAUUUUCAUGAAUUUAGGGGCAGUUUCUUUCAAAGAAAGUGAUUUCGUUUUACAGAUGUAAGUAGGUGUUUUUCUAUCUCCACAAAAGAUGACACAUAUGCUACCAUAAAAACAUACUGAAAAUAGUCUCCUAUGAGCCAAUUCCAUAUUCCAUAUUCUAUGGUUAUUUUUCACUCUUAAGCUUUUUACCAUUCAUUCAAUAUUUAUUUCAUACAAGUCAUAAGGCAACACUUCAUCAAAGACAACAACAAUCUUCACUGAAGAUACCAAUACUCUCAUCAAAUAACAUUUGGCUUCACAAAAUCUCUCAUCUUUGCAGGUCUGUUAACCAUAAGUCAGCAAGUUGAUCAUACAUAAGUAGUACAUACAAAUAUCAAUGAUUUGGGGAACUAAAGGUAGAGUUGAAGGUAAAGUACAUCCAAAAGAAGUCAACAGAUUAUCUACUGGUCUCUGCUGACUGGAGGUAUUCUGUAUAAUAUACUGUAAUGCUCUCAACAAUACCCAGUUCAAGAUCCAAAGAUUCUGAGAUAAUAAUUACUUGCUACUACAGUUUUUUUUUAUAAUUCCCAUAGCAUGGAGACUAGUCCUCCUACACAUUUCUUAAAUGCUACCACAAAAGUGUAGUUAUGGCCCAGCUAAUAACCAAACAGAGAACAUUAUGUACAUUCAUCAAAACUCAUGUGCCAAAGAACUUUGUACCACAUCACAAAUACAUAGCAUUCCUUUUCAAUUAUUACUCAAAUUAUCAUGUACUGCCUGCAUGUUUUGCCAGUUAAAUAUAUGAUGGAUGAAAAAGCUCUACACAAUGUCAAGCAAAGUACUCUAUCAAUAUUCCUGAGACAGUCAUUACUAAUGUACAAGCUUUCAGUUGCACAAAUCCACCUAGUUCCUCAGUCUGCCCAAUGAAAAUGAUAGUAUACCCCUUUUGCAUUCUUCAAUUUUCAAAUUGUUCUAACACAGAAUCAAUUCUUAGUAUGAUUACUAAAUUCCCUACACAUGCAGCAAACAUUUCUAGAGCCACUAUUUACAUAUGCCACACCAAUAGCAUGAAUAUCAGAUUGGUACUAUACUGGUACCGUUUGCUCUGCGCUCCUUUCAAGUUCUGUAGAAUAAUUUAAUAUCUUACCGAGUAUUUUUCUCUCUUCAAGGAACCCAGCUGGUACACUGUACACUACCAGCUGCUUAUUCAUUCCUAUCACAAAACGAGGGUAACCACUUUGACCAAUUAAGAUAUACAGGAUAUGAACUGUAGUGAUUUACUGUUGAAUAUGAGGAGAGCUCCAGUUCCAAAUGACCAAUGAAAGUAUGAAAUGUAUUUGGAACUACUCUCACAGACCACAUGAAAUUCCUUUAAAGGUAAAUGAAAUUCCUUUAAUAAUAAUACAGAAGCAAAAAUGUUCAAGGUUGGUUCUCUCAUACUAAAUGCAAAUAAUAGGUGCCUUAAUAGUACUCAAGGAGUAAGGUAACAUUGUAAAUACAACAUAUAGAAAGUCUUCGUCAAGUUGCAAAUUACUCAAGUGAUGGAAAAGAUUUUUGUGUUCUUAUACUAUUGCUGUACCCGUUUCUUGCACUGUAUCCACAGUGAUCACCUUGAAAACUAAGUGAAGAGUUGAUUGAAAAUUCAAAACUUGAGUUACCAAAAGACAGCAAAAACAAAGAAUUUAGACUUAAAUUAGUGCAAAGAAACUGAAAAUUCCUUUGUCAAACAAUUCAAUCCCUUGAAUGAAUAUUGAAAUGAAAAUAAGACCAACUUAAAAAGUAUAGAAAUCUUAGGCAUGAAGCCAUAAGUUCUAAUGGAUAAACAUUAGGACCACAAACCCAGAGAGCCAGAGGCUGACAAAGUAAAUUAACUACCUUUAGCAUACAUACAGUAAUACGAUAAACCCUCGGAUUAAUAUUGUGCCAAAAUAUAUAUCUUAAACCCAGCCUCUUCAAUUCUCCUUGUAUCAGAACAUGAUAAGACAUUUUUCCAUCAAGAAUAUUUAUAGGUCUCACAAAACACAACUCAUCUCACAAGCUUCAUGCAACAAAUUACUGUAUCAUGUAAAUAAGAAUUUCACACCUCAACGUGACAGGAACUACGUUACAUACCUAUAUGUAUAUCGUAUAUGAAUGUUAGGGCAAUCAUUUCGUCUUUGAAAGGUUUAUGAUAAAAAAAGGUGUCCUAUGGAUACCUUAGUCUUAAGGUUAAGUGACUCCGGUCACCAAUAAAAUGUCUUCAAAGCUGGGAGGAAUGAUUCAAGUAUUCAAGACAAAAGUGACAACACUUACAUUCUUGUUUAAAUGGCAAACUUCAAUCUUGUUAUAAAUGGACAAAUAAGUAAUUGCAUUGUAAGCUAUCAAUAUACCAACUACUAAUUCCUAGACACAACUGUGAAAUACAGCACUUGUAUUAAACAUGUACAAGUAUCCCUUAAAUAUCAUGAAUUGUGUUUAGUUCUACUACUAACAUUUCCAAAUUUACUCAACUGCUAAAUUUCCCACUUAAUUCCUGUUCAGUAAUCGUAAAAAUUUAUUCCGCAAUUAUUCCGAGCCCACUCAAGCUAACCCCACAUGAAUCUACCCCAGUCCAGAUUUUAAAUCAAGUUGAAGACCUUUCUCAGUGUACGUACUCAUAAAUUUUACUGAGCAAUGACUAAUAUUACUCUUUACAACUAAGAAUUACCUCAAUCUUUUCUAGUCUCAUCUUACUUUGACUGAAAAAUAUUAGUCAAUGGUUUCGGUAUUCCUGCUGCAAUGUUAAGUUCUGGCCGGCAAUCAUUUCCUCCCGUGUGUCAAAAAAUAUAAAGAAAAACCCUCUUGGAUGCACAAGAAUAUCACUUAAACUAUUUUUGACACUAAA